ACGGGACCCCCUUCCGCAGAAUUUGACUGCCAAGUCGCCGCAACGAUGGCGACGCCGGGCGUGAUCAGCAAGCAGCAGUCCACGUUGGAGAACGUGGAAAACAUGCCCAUCGCGGUGGGGGACACCGUGUGGGUGCCUGGCGCUGAUCAAGUGUGGGAGCUGGCCUCCGUCAUGGCGAUUGGGGGGCUCAAAGUCACGGUCCGAAACUCGCACAACAAGGUUGCGCAAGUCGAUCGCGGCCUGUCGUUGCCGCAAAACCCGCGCGUCACCGAUGACAUGACGGCCCUAUACUUUAUUCAUGAGCCUGGUGUCUUGCACAACUUGUCGGAACGCUCCAAGCUCGACGGACAGCGACCCUACACUUUUAUGGCGAACGUACUGAUUGCAGUGAAUCCCCUGAGGCCCCUCGCCGACCCGCGCAUCAGUGAGAUCGUCAACAACUCCAACUGUCCCCCGCAUCCCUAUGCUGUCGCGGAAAUGGCGUACCAGCAAAUGGUGUACAACUCCACCCGGGAAAUGCCCACGAAUCAAUCUGUCGUCAUUUCCGGCGAGUCUGGGGCCGGGAAGACUGAAUCGUCCAAGAUCGUCCUCAAGCACUUGACAACCCGCGGUGUGUUUGGCAAGAAGGCAACGCCUGCGCAAGUCGACGAAUUUGCCGCCGCGCGCCACGACAACUCCAACUCGCUCGACAACCGAUUGAUCGAACAGAAUCCGAUCUUGGAAGCGUUUGGGAAUGCCAAGACAUUGCGAAACCACAACUCGUCUCGCUUUGGCAAGUUUAUGAAGCUCCAGUUUACGGCGGACGGCGCGUUCAAGCUCGCGGGCGCGUUUGUCGAAACAUACCUGUUGGAAAAGUCGCGUCUGGUGUACCAGGUCGAUGGCGAGCGCAACUUUCACAUCUUUUACCAACUCUUGCAAGGCGGGUCCGUGCAGUCGAAGGCCGAAUUCAAGCUCACCAAGGCGCAGGACUACCACUACCUGAACCAGAGCAACUGCUACGUGGCGGAAGACACGGACGACAAGGCCAACUACAACGCGGUGGUGCACGGGUUGGGCUGCGUCGGCAUGGACACGGCCAAGCAACACACAAUCUUUUCCAUCGUCGCCGGGUUGCUCCACAUGGGGAACAUCGAUUUCGACGAAGAAGACACGGCCGAAGGCGAGGCCGCCAUCGUGCAAUCGCCUGCCGCUGUGAAUGCACUCACAACGGCGGCGGCGUUGCUCGGUUUGGACUCGAAGGCCAUGCUCAAGGUUAUUACGGAACGUGAGAUCGUGACGCGCGGGGAGCUCUUUGUUGUCCGCCGCAACGCGCAGAAUGCCGUGUAUGCCCGAGACGCGAUUGCCAAGUCGAUUUACGGCCGCCUCUUCGACUGGAUCAUCUCGCAAGUGAACAUCUCGCUCGGGCAGGACCCGCAGCCGCUGCCGUACAUUGGUGUGUUGGAUAUCUUUGGGUUCGAGUCGUUCCAGCGCAACGAUUUCGAGCAGCUCUUGAUCAACUACACGAACGAAGUCCUCCAGCGCACGUUCAACAAUCAAGUGUUUAUCGCCGAAAUGGAGUUGUACAAGCGGGAAGGCAUCACGGUCGGCCGCAUCGAUUGGCCCGACAACCGCGAGUGCGUCGAGCUGAUUGCGGCGAAACCAAGCGGGAUUUUGCAACUCUUGGACAACGAAGCGGCCAACCCAAAGCCGUCGGACGCCAAGUUCCUCGCCCUCCUCCACCGCACGCACGACAAGAACCCGUUCUUUCCCCGUCCCCAUCCCAAGGAUAUGCAGGAAAUGUUUAUUGUGCGCCACUUUGCUGGGUGCGUCAGCUACACAAUCGGCGCCUUUAUCGACAAGAACAACGACACGAUCCCCAAGGACAUGGCGGAUCUGUUUUUGUCGUCGAGCUUCCCUGUCGUCCGCGAACUCUUUGACGAAGAAGCGAACGAAAGCAAGGUCGCGCCGGGCAAGAAGAAGACUCUCAAGAGCGUCGCCGCCAAGUUUACAAAGCAAAUGCAAGAGCUGGUCGACACGCUGGACGCGACCCGAUGCAACUUUAUCCGAUGCAUCAAGCCGAACGCGUUGAUGAAGGUCGGGUACUUUGAUCCGCGGUACGUGGUUGGCCAACUGCGAUGCCAAGGCAUCAUGCAAACGGCCCAAGUGCUCAAGGUCGGGCUCCCGACCCGCGUCGCGUACAACGAACUUGUCGGCGCGUACAAGAAGUACAUGCCCCCCGACGCGCAGCGCUUGUUUGCGCAGCAAAGUGAUGCGACGCUGAUCACGGCGAUCCUGUGGGCGUUCCAAGUCCCGAACGACGCGUUCAAGCUAGGUAUUUCCAAGCUGUUUUUCAAGGCUGGCAAGAUCAGCUUGCUCGAUGCGAUUUUGAAGCUGAACUGGAACACGGACGGCCCGCGCAUCGUCGGUCGCAUGAAGUUGUGGCUCGCUCGUCGUCGCUGGCGUGUGGCGUUGGCCAAAGUCCAGUCUCAACUCGAGUGGAAGAGCAUGCUGCGCCGCAUCCAGUACCGCAAGGACGCCGUUCGCCGCAUUCAGAUAUGGUGGCGCGGGUUCUCUGUGCGCCAUCAAUUCCUCAAGCAAAAGACAUCAGCGAUUCUGAUUCAAGCCGUGUUCCGAGGCCACAAGGGCCGUCAAGCAUUCAAGGUGAAGAAGAUCGAAAUGAUCGCGGCCGCCAAUGCCCGCGCCGAAGAGAGUCGCCGUCAAGCCGAGGAAGCCAAACGUGCCCAGGAAGCUGCGCAACGCGCCGCCGAGGAAGCGCGCCGUCAAGCAGAUUUGGCUCUCCGCGAGGCCGAACUCCGUGCUAUCGCCGAAGAAGAACGUCGCAAGAUGGAAGAAGAUGCCAAGCGUGCCGAAGCCGAAGCCAUCGCGUUGGCCCGUGCGGCCGAACUCGCGGUCCGCGAAGCUGAGCUCGCCGCCACGGAAGCGGCAGCAGCCGUCGAGCACGAGCGGCAAGCAGAACGCAAGGCAAUGCAAGAAGCGCACGACCUGGAAAUGCGCAUGAUCCGCGAACGCGAAGAAGCCCAAAAACGCAAAGAGCAAGCAUUGUUGGACGCGGCGGCGCUUUCCGCCGGUCUCCUUGGCGGCUUGGCCACCGUGAACGCCAUGAACUCGACGCAAGGUCGCAACGUGAGUGUCGUCGAAAUCCCAGACAACAUCUCGGAAGAAAACAAGGAGCAGCUCAAGCAACUGAACGAACUGUUGCUUUCCGGCGCGAUCGACCAAGCCGAGUACGAGGAAUUGAUUCCGUUCCUGCUGGAAGCCCAGCAAGACCGGUCCCCCGCCGCUGGCCCUGUGCUCACCCCCGAAGAACAGGAGUCACUCAACCGAUUGUACAACACGCAAAUCUAUGGCAUUCAAAUCCGAUGCCCGGCCUGUGGGGUCAGCAACAACACGGCCAACGGCAACAACUGUACAGAAUGCGGCAGUAUGCUCACGGCCGCGGCGGGCGAACAUGGCUCUGCAGCCGAUCAUCGGUACUAUGGCGCGCGCACGCGAUCGAUGUCAACGUCGGCGUUGAGCACGCCGCCGGGAUCGUUUACAAUGGACGGGACGCGUGUGUCGAUCCACGGCGGAUUCUUCCAGUGCGGCAUGCAUGGCACGCAGAUGCUCCAGGACGAAAACUUCGCCGAGUAUACGGUGUAUGUGCUCCGUUGUGGGUGGCAGGCCAAGGAAGCGAGCGCGCCAACAUACUGGCUCAUCUCGCAUCGCUUUUCCGUGUUUGAAAAGCUGCACAAGGAUCUCAAGCACAAAAUCCCACCCAAUCUCGCGACGCUGCCGUCGUUCCCGCGCAAGCAUCGCUUGGCGGGGGUGUUUGCCGGUCGCACGGGCAACUCGAACGAGAUCGUCGAAGAGCGGAAGCAAGCGCUGGAGCGGUACAUGAACGAAGUGAUUGAAAUCUGCGCGCGAUUGCCCAGCACGUUGGCCGUGCCGGAAUUGGAUCGUUUCUUAAACUUGUCGCGCCAAGUGCAGCAGUUCCAGCGCCAGUUGGGCCUGUUGGCCGGGAUCGAAAGCACUUUGCAGCCGUCCAACAUCCACCUGGAAGGGGCGGAGGCGCUGGCAGCCCGCGAACAAGCCCGCUUGCCCACGGAAUUGCCGACGCCGCUGGACGAAGAAGAGCUUGGACAGACGGAAGAGGCCGUCCAUGUGCUGAUGAACGCCAUUCGCAACGCCCAAGGCGACUUACGACGCAACCAGGAGGUGCAAACGUUGCUCAAGGUGUGCGUCCAGCUGCAGCCCCGGCUUCAAAUGAGCGCCAACUUGGACAACCCGUUUGCCAACGUCGAGCUCAUUCCCCGUGCUAUGCAGUGCCAAGAAGACUUGGAAACGACCAUCGGGCUCUACAACGACUCUCUGUUGGCUGUCACGGAAACGUACACGAUCUCGGGCGCGAACCAGCCGCCGGCGCCGUUCGUCCCAGGCCAAACCAACUCGUAUCAACGUUCGUAUGGGUACUAAAAUCGUCGACGACAGGGUAGGAAGAAGGCAAGCCCCACCGGCAGGACUGCCCAGAAGCAACGCGUGCGGCCACAUUAUGCAUGUUCAAUUCAUUUUCAGUCGAAAUCGAUGGCCCCACUCGUGCGGGCAGUGUCCCGUCCGCGGUGGACGUACUCGCCAGACUCGAUCGAUCCCGUGCUGGACGCGUUGUCAUCGAUGGACGAUGCAGGCAUGAAGAGCGUGUGGAGUUGGCCGUCUUCCACGGACGACGAGUUGGACGGUGGUGCACUUACAACGGCCCGACGAGUCGACGAUGGCCAGUGGGCGUUGUGGAGAUGAUAAAACGUCGAGUGCGC